AUUUUUAAAUACCGCCUAAAGUUGAGGCUCAAUAAGUUUUCCAGUGGAGGGGAGUGACGUAAUCGCCUACGCGUCAACGGGUUGAAUUUCGCAGUUUUGGCCCAUUAGUGCUCUCGUUUAUCCACGUUCAUUUCAACCAUGGCCACCAAAUUCACUUUACCGCAAGGCGGUUUCUCCUUUGAUAAUUACGCUAGAAAUAAGGCACUAGAGUGCAAGGGCGCCAAACCACCAAAAGCAACCAGCACAGGUACCACCAUUGUCGGUGUCAUCUUCAAGGAUGGCAUUGUUCUUGGAGCCGAUACUAGAGCUACUGAGGGACCUAUUGUUGCCGACAAAAACUGUGAAAAGAUCCAUUACAUCGCACCCAACAUUUAUUGCUGUGGUGCCGGUACUGCUGCCGAUACGGAAUUCACGACCAAUCUCAUCAGCUCUCAGAUUGAACUUCAUAGCUUAUCCACCGGUCGAAAGCCACGAGUAGUUACUGCCAUGACCAUGUUGAAACAGAUGCUCUUUAAAUAUCAGGGACAUAUUGGUGCAGCUCUUGUUUUGGGCGGUUACGACGCAACCGGUCCUCAUUUAUACACAGUCUAUCCUCACGGAAGUACCGAUAAACUACCCUACGUCACCAUGGGAUCCGGUUCUUUGGCCGCCAUGAGUGUAUUCGAAAGCAGAUGGGAACCUAACAUGACACGUGAGGCAGCAAUUGAACUUGUGAAGGAUGCCAUUGAAGCCGGUAUUUUCAACGAUCUUGGCUCUGGUUCGAAUGUGGACGUUUGCGUGAUCGAGAAGGAAUCAACAGAUUAUUUGCGAAAUUAUGCACGACCCAACGAGCGUGGCAUGAGAGAGCAAAGCUACACAUAUCCUCGUGGCACGACGGCUGUACUGAAAGAAUCUAUCAAGAACUUGGUAUCCGUUACCGAAGGCGAUGCUAUGGAUGUGUCCGUGUAAAGAAAAAAAAAAGUCGACUGGUGAAUAAAGAAAACUGUAUCCCACAAAAAAAAAACGGGCAUCUGAUGGGGAAGAAAAAAAAAAUGCUAGGUUUUUCAAUGUG